AUGUCGACCGCCCAGGAUAUAGCGUCUCCACCGGCCUCUCGGGGCAAGCAGCAGCCGCCGCCGAGGAGUGCAAACCAGGGCCCUCAGAACAACAGCGGAAGAGGAUCUCAACGGAGACCACGCGGCAAUCGCGCUCCCAACAGCCACAACCAGCUCAAUGCGGUUGCUUCUCCAAGCAGGUCGCCGCGAAAUGCACGCCCCGCCCUUGCAGAGAGCGCCAUCUUCUCGAGCGAAGACUUGACAGGACCACGCAAUGCAAAGAAACACGCGCAGUCUCAGCCUGGCGGCGAUCGUCUCUUCUCUCCAAAUGGCGCCCAAUCCUCCUUACUCAGUAGCGAUGCUGCGCGAAACAGUGUCUCUGCGACCCCGUCUAAGAACCAGGGCGCAUAUGCUGGGCCUACAUUUCAUGCCUCUCCUGCGCCAUCUGCCCUGCCCAUUCCAAAGUUUCUGUCUAGAUCUGUGCCAGCCAAGAUUCAGCCAGGUCCACCAACUCCUCCUCUAGAAGAGAGUUCUGAUUCUGCGAAUUCCCCUAGUCCCUCUCCGUCGCCUUCCCGCGCACCCAUUUCCGUUCCUGCGCGUCACGAAGAUUCUCCUCUUGACAUGUUGUUCAAGGCCGACAAAGCAGAGAGGGCUAGGAAUGUCACAGGCAGCCCGGUCUCCACACUGUAUCCAAACUCCAACAGGCCUCAGCAUCACAAACAGGAUUCGUACGGCUCGCUGAAUGCGAUCUUCCCACUUGAGCUCGACGGCGGAACCAAACAUACACACCUCUCGCCUCCCCCCUUCGCGUCGCCAGUAGCUCAUCGCUCGGUUACUGAUCCUUCCAAGGUUCCCCAACUCAAGGACGCAUCCCAGGCAUACGAUGGAAAGGAUAUUAUGCAAGAUCUUUUCAACAGACUUUCAAUGUCGCAGAAGAAGCCCGCGACCACGACUCCACCCAGAGCAGAUCAGGCUUCUUCAGACCCCCAAGGCCACCAACAAACGUUGUCUCCGUCCGAGUCUCAUAGCGCUUCUGGCCCUUCAACUCCCGUAGCACCUCCUGUUCAGGAGUCGUCCGAUUUGUUUUACGGCAAUCGCAAUCUCUCUCCCAUGUUCAAAGCAGCAAAAGGCGACUCUGCUAAGCGUAACUCCGGUCUUCGCACCGAGGUUACGGCGGACUCUCCCACUGUUUCUCAGAGUGCAUUCCAGGAUUUCCCAUCAAUUCCCUCGGCGAAACAAAUGGACCCCCACGCUUUUUCUCGCGGUUAUCCAAACAGUGGUCCACAAGUACCUGCGGGCCCGCGACGAGGGUCUGCACCGUACGUUCAGCCCUACCGGGAGAUGCCUAAUAAUCGACAAACAAAGACUCCAGGAAGAUACCCUUAUCAGCCCCGCGCCGAUCAUUACCCGCAUGCGAGAAACAAUGCCAGUGGCUUCAGUCCAGGACAGGGGCAACAGACUUCAACUCCAGUCACUGCCUCACCAAGGAAGCCUUCCACUUCGAUGAUGUCCUUUGUUCCUGCUUCCGUAGCUGCAAAGCAACACAAGGCCUCUGCCCCUCCGACUGCCGCUGCCUCUGCAAAUCUACCUCAAUCACCCCCCAUGAAGACUUCUACCCCCGAUACGUUGGCUUUAGAGCAGGAUCUCAAGCGUUUACUCAAUCUCAAUAUAGCUGGAGAUAUAUCCAGCGUUCGGUAG